GUUUCUCGAAACACCUCGCAUCACACCUCUUGGUCCGUUGGCGAUGGUCUUGGAACUCUGACGAAGACACGCCGGUGCCUGCCUUGAUUGUAUAAAUCGACCGACUUGAUCCCUCUUCGCCAUGCUCAUUCUUUCUUCAUCAGACCAGAGCAAACAAAACAAACAACUACUCGAUCAUCUCUACAAUACUCAAACACACACCACUUUUGCGAUUACUUCUUCACUCACAAUAAUCACCCACCACACUGCCACGUACACUGUAUCACAGCUAUCCCAAUAAAAACCUUACCAAAAUGGCCUUCUUCCCUCGCAACUUCUACAACACCUCUUCCGACGCCUCCUUUACUCCACUUUUCCGCCUCCUCGAGGACUUUGACAACUACUCUCGCGCUGGCGGCGCCAAUGGCAACGGUAGCUCUCGCGGCACUCACCGCAACCAUGUCCCGACCUUCCAGCCAAAGUUUGAUGUCCGCGAGGUCGAUGACGCCUACGAGCUGCAUGGCGAGCUCCCCGGCAUGAAGAAAGAGGAUGUCUCGAUCGAGUUCACCGACCCACACACCCUCCACAUCCGCGGCCGCGUCGAGAGGUCGUACACCGCCGGCAACCCACCCGCGGGAUUCCUUCAGGGCAACGGGGCCGAGAUGAGCGGAGCCAUCACCGACGGGAACGAGAAGAAGUCCCGCCCUGCUUCACACCAGCCUACUGUCGAGGAUGAGAAGGAUGACGACAGUAACUCAACGGCGCAGCCUACGCCUGCCACGACUGUCGCCGAGGUCGACAGGUCCGCCGCCCUCGGCAAGAAAGAGCCGGCCGACAACGCCAAGUACUGGGUCUCAGAGCGCAGCAUCGGCGAGUUCAGCCGCAUCUUCAACUUCCCCGGCCAGAUCUCACAGGACGCCGUCUCGGCCAGCUUCAAGGAUGGUAUCCUCUCGAUUCGCGUGCCCAAGGCGCCUAAGCACGAAACCCGCCGCAUCCAGGUCAACUAAAGCGGACGCUUCGAUACGACAGCUAUGAUGACCUCAUGGGGAACGUCACAGGACAAUGAUUUGAAACAACAUCGGCAAUAAAUUGUAUGGAGAUAGGGCUUCGAGGAGGAAGCAUCACUAAUGAUUCGCAUGGCUUGGUGUUACAAGGGUUUCCUUUUCUUUUUUUUCUCGCAUCGCGAUGCCGAGUUAUAAACUAGCCUAAAUGGGACUGUAUUUCUCCUGGCUUUUGUAGCUAGUAAUUCCAUGAUCAAUUAUACAAAAUAUGACCCAUAUCAAUGUGCUAUAUCAGGAAGUGUAAUUUGUGAGUCGCAGGAAGGAAAAAUGAAUGGGAUAGAAGCGAAAAUGGUUGCCAGAAAGGGUGAUGCUGUAUCCAAGGAAAUGCAAUGGGGUGUGCUUUGUACGCUUGUG